GUGUUGAACAUGAAGGAAAGCUCUGUAAGGAAAGAUUUAGAAUGACAGACAUAGAGGAAGACACAUUUACAGCAACCAUGUUAACUGCUGAAGAUGAGGAUACACAGAAGACUCAAGUGUAUUUGCAAUAUGAUUUCUCCAAAAGAAAUCAUCAGUCGGCUCUUCCAGUUUUCAAUGCACGCAAAGAGGUUCUGGCAAAAAUUGAAGAACAUCAAGUUGUGAUAAUAGGUGGAGAAACAGGUAGUGGCAAAUCAACUCAAGUUCCUCAGUUUAUCUUAGAUGAUGCUGUUGAAAAACAUCAGCACUGUAACAUAAUAGUCACUCAGCCUCGAAAAAUUGCAGCAACAUCUCUGGCUCGUCGGGUUUGCAGAGAAAGAGGGUGGCAACUAGGCAAGAUUGUCGGCUACCAGGUACCUACAUAUCUACUAAAUAUAUUUACCAAUUAUGUGACAUUUUCUCAAACAAGAACUUGAAAAUUACAGACUUAGCUGAGUGCUAUUAUAUGUACUUUGGAGUGAUACAUUAUAUUGUAUAGAAAAUUACAAAAUUUACCCCAUUGC